AUGGGGAAGGGAGGCGGAAAUGAUAAGGGCAGCUCAUCCAUCAGUGUGUGGAAAAAGGAACUGGGGCCGACGCUGGAUGAUGUGUUUCUAAGAAGCAGCUUAGAGCGUGCAAAGAAUGGGGACAAGAACAAACCAAUGGGCCUCCACCCCAGCGGGGUGAUCAACCGCGGCAAUCCCCCCGGUGGUAAUGGCAGUAGUAGCAUCAGUAGUGGUAGUAGUGUUUCCCCCGUGGAGGGAGGAGAAAAAAGGGUGAGCCGCAAAUUUCCCAAUUUCGCAUGUAGGGAGGAAUUCAUAUUCGAUGCAAACAUAACGUGCUUCCCAAACUACAUGCACAAGUCAUCUCUAAACAUAAAAAAAAAAAUAGACAUAUGCGAUUUGAUCAUUGAGGUUAGGGAUGCCCGGCUUCCCUUUACCAGCACAAACGACUUCAUCAUGGAGAGCAUAGAAAAAAAAAACAAAAAUAAAAAACGAAUCAUUAUACUUAACAAGGCAGAUUUAAUACCCCCCAAAGUUGCCCUAAGUGCAAAAAAUAUAAUUGAAGAAAAAACGAAACACAUGUGCAUAUUAACAUCAGCCAAAUUUAAUAAAAGUAUUUCGAAAAUUAGAGACCUGUGUAGAGAAAUGAAGCCCCAAUUUAGGAGCCUCGGAUUGUUUGCCUUACUAGUGGGAUUACCCAACGUGGGAAAAUCGAGCAUCAUCAACUCGUUUAAAGAUGUGACACAUAACUUAGCCAAAUAUGGACACAAGAAUAAUAAAAUAGCUUUCGAGGUGAAUAGGAAAAGGGCCAAGACGAAUGUCAUUGCAGGGACUACUCAGAUGGUUGACACGUAUAAGGUUUCAAACAACCCCCUGCUCUACUGUAUAGACACGCCUGGAAUUUAUUUACCCAAAAUGGAAGACAAAGAAAUUAGCCUCAAGUUAUGUGCCAUAGGAAAUGCCCUCGAGUACAAGUACGACCAUAUGUAUGUAGGAGACUACAUUUUGUAUAUUCUAAAUAAGAGGAUGCAAUUCAAUUAUGUUAAAAUGAUUGGCUUGGAGGAACCAACCAAUGACAUUCGCUUUGUUUCAAAUGUAAUAGCGACGAAAUUGAAUCUGUGUAGAAAUUAUAAGUACCUCGAUAUGAAUGGCGGCUGCCGCUAUUUUGUGGACAUGUUCCGCUUGGGUUUGUUUGGGCGCAUUUGUCUGGACACAGUGCCCCACUCUAGCGAAGACUUUGUCACCUACUUUGACUUCAAUUCAGCGGAGCCACCAGCCGUAGACGCGUGCUCAGCCCCCGCACCAUUCCGUGGUCUCCUCUAA